AUGAAAGCGGGACUAGAUAAUUGGAUUGAUAUUUUGGUGCUAGUGAUUUAUUUUAUUCUAGUACUUGCAGUCGGAUUGCUGUCUGUAUGUAGAAAAGGGCGAGAUUCUGUUAAAGGAUAUUUCCUGGCUGGUAGAUCUAUGUUAUGGUUUCCUAUAGGUGCAUCUUUGUUUGCUAGCAAUAUAGGAAGUGAACAUUUUGUUGGUCUUGCUGGAAGUGGAGCAGCCUCAGGAAUAGCAGUCGUAGCAUUUGAAUGGGGAGCUGCACUCUGUCUUCCUCUGUUAGGAUGGGUAUUUCUACCUAUAUAUCUAUCUUCAGGGGUAUUUACAAUACCGGAAUACUUGUCCAAGAGAUUUGGAGGGACCAGACUUAGAACAUAUCUCAGUAUACUGGCACUGUUUUUGUACAUAGCAACAAAAAUAUCGGUUGAUGUUUAUGCAGGUUCUGUGUUCAUACAACAAGCAUUAGGAUGGAACACGUACCCAUCAAUCAUUGGGUUACUGGUUAUCACAGCAGUAUACACAGUCAUAGGUGGAUUGGCAGCUGUUAUAUUCACAGAUACUUUACAGACAAUUAUAAUGUUAACAGGAGCAAUAUCUCUUUCUGUUCUAGGAUUUAUCAAAGUUGGAGGAAUAAAUGGAUUAGUACCUAAAUAUAUGGAUGCUAUACCCGACAGUUUACGUUACGCAGGUAGUUUCAAUACAUCGUCGAACAUUACAUCAAAUUUAACAAGUCAUUGUGGAUACCCAAGGGUUGAUUCUUUUCAUAUCAUCCGUGAUCCAGUAGACUCUGAUCUACCAUGGCCAGGACUUCUGAUCAGAAGUACUUUUGUAUCUACGUGGUAUUGGUGUGCUGACCAGGUUAUUGUUCAACGAGCAUUAGCUGCCAAGAAUAUUGGUCAUGCCAGAGGUGCUACUUUAAUGGCAGGAUAUUUGAAGUUUCUGCCAUUGUUCCUGAUAAUAAUGCCAGGAAUGAUAAGCCGUGUGUUGUUUACAGAGGAUGUAGCUUGUCAUGACCCGGAAACUUGUAUUCGAGUUUGUGAUAAUCCAGUUGGAUGUUCUAAUGUUGCAUAUCCUAAACUUAUUCUGGGACUUGCCCCGACUGGGUUGAGAGGAUUAAUGAUGGCUGUAAUGAUGUCAGCGCUUAUGAGUUCAUUAACAUCCAUCUUUAAUAGUGCAGCGACGUUGUUUACGAUGGAUUUGUGGACAAAAAUAAGAAAGAACGCGACUGACCGAGAGCUCCUUGUUGUCGGCAAAGUAUUUAUAGUCAUCUUGGUUGGCAUAAGCGUUGCAUGGAUACCUCUUAUACAAAAUUCUCAGGAGGGACAACUUUUCCUAUAUAUUCAAGCUGUUACUGGUUACUUAGCCCCACCAAUAUGUUCCGUGUUCUUGUUGGCAGUCUUUGUACCUAGAAUAAACGAAAAGGGUGCAUUUUGGGGUAUGCUGUCUGGCCAGAUCGUUGGGAUAACAAGAAUGGUAUUAGAUUUUGUGUAUCCAAGUCCCAAGUGUGGAACUGAAGACACUAGGCCAGCUGUGAUAGCGAAAGUUCAUUUUACAUACUUUUCGGCAGGAUUGUUAGUCUUUACUGGAGUCAUGGUUAUCAUCAUAAGCCUUUUAACUGAAAAACAAGAAUAUAUGGGAAAAUAUCUAACGUUUUGGUAUACACCAAGUAUAAAAAGUCCGUCCGAAAAGAUCAACUAUCAUACCCUUAAGUACAGCACGUCGAAGUAUUCUAAAGAUAAGAUAUCAAAUACCAGAAGUUCUGUUCGUAAGAGAUGGUCAAUGACUGAAAAGUCACCUAACAUAAAUGAAGGUUUUGAUAUGCAGGAAAUAAAUGGUCCUCAUUUGAUACAAGAUAAGACAAACAUACACGAAAGCGUUGUGACAGAAGAUUCUGUUAAGACAACCGUUGAAAACCACUACAAUGAACUUGCAAACGAAUCGAUGAAAGUCGAUGAUAGUAACAGUCACACAAUCACUGAGUAUGAACCAGUUGAUAAAGGUCAUGGCACUGCUGAACCAUUUGUAGGAUAUGAAUCAUUGAAAACAGAUAACAGUACUAACGAACAUACCGUUGGAUACGAAAUUAACGACGAAAAUGUCAAUGACACUGACAGCAAUGAAAGCGAAGAUGGGAAAACUAAGGUCAAAUUUAGAGACGAUGAUGAUGGAGAAAAUGAACAUGUUCACAAACCCUUAACUAAGAGAAACAGUAGAGUCUGGAAAAGAGAGGUAGAAAAACAGCCAGGAUGGCAGAAUUUUGUGCAAGAAUUCACUAAAAAGUUAUCUGAAGUUGACAUUAAACGUACCAAAUUUGAAAGAAAUCAGAUGAGUGGAAAGAAUCUUUUGAAAACAACGCCAAAAAUUAUAAAACCUGUAGAAGAAGAAAACAAUAUAAAAGACCCUGAUAAUGAACAGAAAAAAGAAAAUAUAAUAGACACACCACCAAAACUAACAGAACCAAAUCUUCCAGAUGAAACUAAAGAUACAGAUGAGAGAGACAUACCAGUACAAGCUUCACAUGAAAGUACGGAUGGAUAUGCAAAUAUUAGGAUAAAUCAAAAUAAUCCAGUUCAAGGUAGCAGAUAUUCCGGGAAGUUGUCAUUAGACAUAUUUAGAACACAGAAACCUGACGUCAUAGAAAUAGAUAUGAAAAAUGUUGAUACAGAUGGUAGAGAAAAACUGUACAUUAAUGAUAGUCUUAAAUGGUUUUUGGACAUAAAUGCUGUCUUAUUAGUUUGUGUUUUUGUAUUUUUGUAUUUCAUUUUUCAAUGACGCAUAUGACUGUUAUUGGAAAGUAAUAACUUUUCUUUCACUUUUGAACCUUUUUCAAACUCAACUUAAGUUCGAAUAAGGACAAAACUGUUCAAAUAAAUGGUUUGAAUCAAAGAAUGCUAGAUUGAAUGAACUCAUUUCAGUCAUCCACAAAAUGUCCAACUGUACAAAUUAUAUAUACUAGUAUGACCUAUUUAAUUCACAAUAAUACCUUAUAUUGAAUAUGCAAUAAAAUUUCCAUUGUCUCGAA